AUGUCCACCCAAACCUACCGCUCUACCCGCUCGCCUACCGACCAGGCUGUCUCCUUUGAAGACGCCGUAAUGACUGGCUUGGCUAAGGACGGCGGGUUGUUCAUCCCGUCCACCAUUCCGCAACUCCCAGUCGACUUCUUGGACACGUGGAGGGACUUUUCUUUCCAGGAAUUGGCUUUCAGCAUUAUGCGCCUUUACAUUAAAGAGUCUGAAAUUCCAGAUGCUGACUUGCGCUCUUUGGUCGACCGGUCCUAUGCCACGUUCCGCGCCGCGGACGUGACCCCUAUCCAGCCGCUCAACGAAGAAAAGGGCUUGUAUUUACUCGAGCUAUUCCACGGGCCAACCUACGCGUUCAAGGACGUUGCCUUGCAAUUUGUGGGCAACUUGUUUGAGUACUUCUUGGUCAGAAAGAACAAAGGCAAGACUGGCGCCGAAAGAGACGUUCUCACCGUGGUCGGUGCUACCUCCGGGGACACUGGUUCCGCUGCCAUCUACGGGUUAAGAGGCAAGAAGGAUGUUUCUGUGUUUAUUUUGUACCCGACCGGCCGUAUUUCACCUAUCCAGGAGCAGCAGAUGACCACCGUGCCAGAUGCAAAUGUCCACACGCUCUCGGUAACCGGGACUUUCGAUGAUUGCCAGGACAUUGUCAAGCAGAUCUUUGGGGACAGUGAGUUCAACACGCAGUACCAUGUUGGUGCUGUCAACUCCAUCAACUGGGCGCGUAUCUUGGCCCAGAUCACCUACUACUUCCACUCGUACUUUGCCUUGACAAAAAAGCUAGGCGCCGCCAAGGUCAGAUACGUCGUUCCGUCCGGAAACUUCGGUGACAUUCUUGCCGGCUACUUUGCCAAGCAGAUGGGCUUGCCAAUCGACAAGUUGGUGAUUGCCACAAACGAAAACGACAUCUUGGACAGAUUCAUGAAGCACGGCAGGUACGAAAAGUCUGCCUCUUCGGGAGAAGCUGAGGUCAAGGCUACUUACUCGCCAGCGAUGGAUAUCUUGAUCUCAUCGAACUUUGAGAGAUUGUUGUGGUAUUUGGCCAGAGACAACGCCGCGGGCUCUGACAACGAAGCUGGUGCUAUUUUGGCGUCCUGGAUGACCCAAUUAAAGACCACCGGCUCCGUGACCGUCCCUGAGGCUGUUAUCGGCGCUGCCAGAGUUGAUUUCGAUUCCGAGAGAGUCACUGAUGUCGAAACUGCUGCCACCAUCAAGCAGAUCUACGCUGCCACUGACAAGUACGUACUUGACCCGCACACCGCCGUCGGGGUCGAGGCCUCCUUGAGAAACAUCCAACGUGAUGCUGCGGCUGGUGUUGCCGGGGUUAAGUAUCUUUCGUUAUCUACCGCCCAUCCUGCCAAGUUCGCCGAGGUCGUCAACCAGGCGUUGGCCGGCGUCGAUGGUUACAGCUUCGACAAUGACGUAUUGCCCGAUGAGUUGAGGGCGUUGGCUUCCAAGGAGAAGAGAUUGAAGUUUGUCGAGAGAGCCGACGUUGAGUUGGUCAAAAAGGCGAUUAUUGAGGAGUUGAGUAAGUAG